AUGCUUAUAGACAAGGCUACAAAGAUCCCUGGGGUUUUAAACAAUGAAGAAUUUGCUAAUUGGAUACUUAAGGAUAAUCGUAUCAAAGUACAUCUGGGAUUAACGAUUGGAUCAAGUAAACUUGGAGGAAUUGGGCUAUUUUUCAACCAAGAGAAGGAUGCCGGAACCAAAGAUGACAUUGAACUUGCUAGGAUACCUAAAGACGCUACUUUUGAUUACAUGAGCUUGUUACAAGUUUUAGAAGGAUUGAAAGAUAGUGAAAAAGAGAAACCGGAAACUGGAGAAGAAAUUUCUGAAUCAGGCAUUAUCACGGCUGUAUUGAAAAGUAUACAGCCAAGUAACGAAACGGAAAUACUAACAUGCUAUUUUAUUGGCCUUAGAAUAUGUUAUAAUAGACGUCUUCUGAAUGAAAUGUUGACCGAGUCACCUUUGUCCAAGUUUGACCCAUAUUUGAGCGUUUUGGCUCACACCGAGAUUUUAGGCUUACCCCAAGAAGAUGCAAAUUAUGAAGAUGAGUUUAUUCAAAAGCUAAGUACAAACGCUCAGAGAUUAUUCGAUGAAUUCAAUGAGCUUAUAAACGAUCUUGAGAAUGUGCACCCUAGCUUGACAUUCGAAGAAUAUUACCAACUCUGUGGAGCCAUCAAAUCAAGGGUGUUAGAAAUUCCACAUAGCAGUGAGGACGAGGAAGAAGACUAUUACACUAAUAUCACAUUGAUUCCUUUGCUUGAUUUUGCUAAUCACUUGAAUACUUCACGAAGCCAUGCAUAUUUUGAUGUAGACAAAACAUCCAACGACGUUCUAUUGAAAUUGAACCGUCUGAGGAUGCAACAAGGCAUAUUUGAAGUCACUAUUAGCUACUCUACUACUGAGUGCAUCCAGAAAUUUAUACAAACAUACGGGUUUAUUCCGCAGAGUGAUGAUAUUCAGCUCUUUGAAUAUAGAAUACCUCCUGAUAUCUGCAACUACCAUAUCAGCGAGAUCAUGAAAACAUCAGGUGAACCAUACGAUAAAAUAAUGAAAUGGUUAAGAAUAUUGCCCCAAUUUCAGCUAGUAAGGACUUCAGAUGAUAUCUUCGUGAACUUCUUUAGCAAUAGUCUUCCUCUUGUGUUCAUCGAUGGAUUAAAGCAUGACUACAAGUGGACCGAAAAUGCCUAUGAUUCUUUUAAAGAGUUUAAUGAGAUUGAAAUAUCGCAAGAUGAGUUUGCGCAGUCUGUUUUGCCAAUGUUGAAAGUCCAAGAGUCCGAUUACGACUUCAUCAAUGCAAUUAGCCAGAUAGGUGUCAUCUGCAACGAGAACUACCCAACGCAAGAUUCAAUCCUACAAGUCUCCAACAACGAUUCCGAAAAAGCAUUCCAACAACUCAUAUCCUAUUGUACUGCAUUUAUCGUUAAAGUAGCUCAAUCGGUACUCAAUGCGAAACCUCCAUCUCCGUCAGCGAGCAGCUUCUCUCAAAUGACCACAGACUACUUUAAAGUGCAACAGAGCUUCUUUCGGGCCCUCAUUGAGAAAUAUGAAAUGACAAAAGAUUUAUCGUUACCUGUUGAGCUAGCAAAAGAUGAAUGGGAAACAGACUACAGGUCUGCACCUAGACAAAUUACUCUAAACUAA